CCUUUAUCACCACGAGGGAAUCAUGCACUGAACGCUAGCGCAUUGAAGCCCCCUUUUUAUGAAGUUGAGCCCGGGUGUUGACUUCCAGAGCUCCAAUUCCAGAAGGCAGCAGAACAUCAAGCUGCCUAGCUGGUCCCCAUUCCAUUGCUCCCGCUUAGGUAGAGCAACCCCGACACAGCUCUUCAGCCUUUUAACGGUUUAACCAAGUAAAACCGACCCCCCCGCUCCCAUUGUUUGCGAUUCCACCAAUCCCCGAGAGCCAGCAACCGAACUCCAUCCCGAGGUUCCUUCUUGUUUCCUCGAUCCCCGACUCAACAUCGCCCACCUGCUGUGGCAUAUCCCACACCCACACAUCUCCCCCGUCAAUCAACCCAAUCGACCACCAAAAACACACCCACCACAAUGGCCGACGCAGCCCCCGAUCUCGAUGUGCCCGCCCCGGCCCCCAUCGCCGACCUGCCCUCGGGCGAGCCGAUCCCGUCCUCCACCCCCCCAGCCAAACCCCCGAAGCGCCAACCUCUCCCGCUCGGCGCGCUGCUGGCCGCGCUGCCCUCCAACGCCGACUCCUUCCUCGUCCGCCUCGAGAAAUGCCUAUCAACCCCCUCGGGCAUCGACACGGUGAUGCUCUUCAUCUGCUACACCUCCAAGCUCAGCGCCUCGGUCCUCACCUCCCUCUCGCAAUCCGCCCUACGGCGCUCAGCGCGCGAAUGGAUCACCCUCAUCGCGGCCCUCCCGCGCGGCACCACGGUGGUCUUCUCAUCCCCCGCCGCGGCCGCAGGCGCAGGGGCCAAAACCGCCCUCCCGGCAUCCGCCGCCCUCGCGCUCACCCUCGCCAAGCGGCUCUCCUCGCUGUCCUCCCUCCUCAGCGAGGCGCGCAUGAUCCUGCGCCUGUGGUCGCUGCUGGGCAUGUACUUCUGGGCGCGCCGCCUGCUCAAGCACACCUUCUCCUCCACGCCCGCAAACGCCAGCGAGAAACCCACCACCACCACCGCAACCCCCACCAAACUCGAGACCCUCCUCGAAUACCUCCGCCUCGGCCUCUGCAUAACCUUCCAAUCCCUCGAGAACGGCGCCUACCUGUCCUCGCGGGGCGUCAUGUCGUGGACGCCCGCCGAGCAGGGGCGGGCGUUCAAGUGGAGCGCGCGGUUCUGGGCCGCCUACGUGGGGAUCGAGAUCGGGCGGCUGGCGGCGGAGCGGUUCGGCGGCUCCGCCUCCCCAAGUGGCGGUGGGUUCCAGGCCAAGACGGCGCGGGAGAAGGGCGAGUGGGCCAAGAAGACGGUGCGGCAGCUCGCGUGGGCGCCGCUGACGCUGCACUGGGGCAGUGAGAAGGGGUUGGUGAGCGAUACUACGGUGGGCGUAUUGGCCUGUAUUCCGGGGGUUAUUCAGAUGCGCGAUCUGUGGGCUUCUACGGCUUGAUGGGGAGGUAGUUGGUAGGGGUUAGGGGAUGUUUUCGAGGUUUCUGGCGAGCCUUGGGCUAGGUACACCCGCAUUGGCAGUCUUGCGUUGCCUACUUGUAAAUAUUUGUCUCUCUUAGGUUGUUUAGUUGCAAAAAGAACCUUAAAUUGAAU